UUGUUCUGGUGCUGCUGGUGUUGUUGCGUUGGUGGGCUAGUUUUUGACAGAAGUUACGCUCAUCGGAAAACCGCUAUAAAUUUGAUGAUUAAAGAAGAUUACCCGGAGAAGUAAAAUUGUCAAGCUAAUACCCAUGGAGGAAGAUGCGGGAUCAAUGUCUAGGUACUUACUAGACCCAUCAGCUCAAGAAUUCAGACCAUCAAGAGACAACCUUUCUUCUAAUUCUUCUCGUAUUCCUCUAAACCAUCAACCAAUUUACUAUUCUUACCCUGUUAAUACUUCUGGUUAUUAUGAUGGGUUAGCAAAUUAUCAAGUAGAUCACUAUCAGAGUUCGCCGACGACUACAAGGUAUGCUAGACCGGUUACGGAAGUGCAACCGUUGCCACCGUUAACAACAGCGGCAACAAGAGCUUUACUAUUAACAUCUGUACCAUCGGAUGUAAAUGAAAUGAUAGUCAGAAGAGAUAUGGAAGUGUUUGGAGAAGUAAGAGCAAUUCAAAUGGAAAGAUUACAUUCAGAUGGAAUUGUAACUGUUCAUUUUUAUGAUCUGAGACAUGCACAGUUAGCUAUGAAAGAGAUUCAAGAACAACACAUGCAACAUCAGAUCAGGUCUAGACAACAUUAUAAUUUGUCAAUGGGUGCUACUAAUAGAAAUUGGGAUAAUUCUCAGCAUCACAAUCAGCACAGUCAUCAUUAUCAGCAGCAAAUUCUUUCGCAACCAGCCCCAAGCAGUUAUCGUGGACUGGUUGCUGGUCGAGUCGUUUGGGCACAAUUUACAGUUCCUGUUAAGUUACUAGGUCUUGGUGGACGUAAUCAAGGAACAAUUGUUGUGUUCAAUUUGGAUUCUAGUGUUUCUAUGUUGACAAUUAAACAAAUCUUUGAAGCUUUCGGAGCUGUCAAAGAACUACGAGAAACGCCUUCGAAAAAGCACCAAAAGUUUAUCGAGUUUUACGAUAUAAGGGAUGCAGCGCGAGCAUUAUCGGAGAUGGAUGGAAAAGAAAUCGAGGGAAAGCGCGUUAUGAUUGAAUUUAGUCGGCCGGGGGGAUACAGUAACAAGAUGAACAGGAAUUCUACGACUACUACAAAUAAAGAAGUUAAGGCAGGAUCAAUUACUGAUGCAAUGUCUAUACUGUCUUUAAACAAGAAUAAAAACAAUGACAAAAGUGGGUCAUCAUCAUCAACGGAUAAGAAGAAGACAAAGAAUAAGAGCAAGAACAAAACAAGUAAUGGAGACAAUUACACAACAACAACAACAGAAGAUGUUGUAACUAACAAGGAAAUAAAGAAAAGUUGUAGCAGCAGUGGUAGCAGUAGUUGUAGCAGUAGUAAUAGGUCUUGGAAAAGUAAUAGACAACAAAUGAAGGGUUUAAGCUCAAAUUUGUUAAUAGAUGAAGCUGCUAUAAUGGAAUCAAAUUGUAUCAGAGAUACCAGAACUACUGUCAUGAUCAAGAACAUCCCUAACAAGUACAGUCAGAAGUUACUUUUGAAUAUGUUAGACAACCACUGUAGUAACUGCAAUGAACAGAUUAAAAAUGGUGGCGAAGAUCAGCCCUUGUCGUCCUAUGACUUCGUUUAUCUUCCAAUAGAUUUCAAUAACAAGUGCAAUGUGGGAUAUGGGUUCGUGAAUCUUACUUCGCCACAGGCGGCAUGGAGGCUUUACAAGGCUUUUCAUUCCCAGUCAUGGGAGGUCUUUAACUCUAAAAAGAUUUGUGCGGUGACAUACGCUCGUUUGCAGGGUUUGGAAGCAUUGGAAGAGCAUUUCAAGAACUCAAAGUUUGCUUGUGAGACAGAAGAAUACCUUCCGGUGGUAUUCUCUCCGCCUCGUGAUGGUAAGGAUAAGUUGACUGAUCCUGUGGCUGUGAGUGGUCUGCCCAUAGCAAAAUCCGAAAGAAAUGAUGAUGAUGAUGAUGAUGGAACGGAGGGUAUUCUAGGUAAUGAUGGUAAGAGUAGUAGUGGUGGCGACGAGGGCGAUGAUGUUGAGGAUGAUGAUAGGUCGUCAAUGGGGCUUUCAGAUGAUACAUUUGUACAUACCAGUGGUAGCAGCAGCGGCAGUAGUAGUAUUCUCUCUACUGCUUCGAUUAUACAAACGGAGCAACAAGAACAACAACAGUUACAGCUUCGCCACCCCAUGGCUGGUGGUUGUCGUUGA